GCAGGGCUGGGUCGGAGGUUCGAGACCUGCGUGCGUCGAGCAGUUCGGGACGUUCCAUGGUGGAUGUGGCAGCUACAGGGUUCAUGACAUACACGGCGGCCGUCGAGUUUCGUGAAGACAGAGCUAAGCUAAACUUCCCACCAUCAUCGAACUUGAAUAUAUUAUAUAUAGUAAGUAGUAAGCACUGGGUACGUAAAUGAAGAGCUAGCUGUUUAGCUUCUUCUUUUUGGGUUGUUUGGAUUGUUGUAUUGAGGGACCAUCGAGCGUGUUUAGAUUGAUUUCUUGUUCGUUGUAGAGUGUACGUGUUGUUUAAUAUACUUGUUUUUAGGUUGUCGGAAGAGAAAAACCUACUAUAAUUGUGGCAGUGUCUACAGAUUUUAACUUGCAUCCUUGAUGUUAAAGAUGCUGUCUUUGUUCUGGAGUUGGGUUUCGUUAGAAAUUUAGAAUAUGAGCAGUGUAAUUAACAUAAUAGUUUCGACUAUAAAUUUCAACACAUUUUUCAUCAGAUUCCAAUUUGUUCAGAAAUCAAAUGGCCAAGCCCAAAUCCUCCUCUGGGCCUGGGCCUCUCUGGUGGUAAGACAUUGGCAUAUUCUCGGGGAAUUCGAAGCCGAAGGUUGAGUUCGGUUCAGGUCUGUUACAGUUGGUUGAACUUAGAACUUAGAAGUUGGAACCAUGGCGAUUGAUAUUGUUGAAGCUCCAUCGCCUCCACCUCUAUCACCUUCCCAUUUCAGUCAACAGCGCCACUUCUAUCUCGCCGUCGACAGACUCCAGUUCAAGAUGGAGACAUUCAUGGACUUGUUGGGCGUGGCGGGAAGGCGUCCCUGUCUUCCAGUGGUGGUGUGCUGCAGCUCACGUGACGAACUCGAUGCCGUCUGCUCCGCCGUCGCAACCGUCCCCUAUAUCUCUUUAGCCCCUCUGUACAGUGACCUUGCUGAAGCAGACCGUGCUGCGGUAUUAGAGUCCUUCAAGCAAGCAACCAUCAGGUGGAACCCUGAAGUUGGUGCUCAAUCAGCUGAUGACUGUGCAUUGGUGAACGAGGGACACAAAUCUCAUAUGAUAGUUGCCACAGAUGCCUGCCUUCCACUUUUGGCUUCUGGGGAAUUGCCUAUUUCCGCUCGUGUUCUUAUAAACUAUGAGUUGCCUGCAAAAAAGGAAAUUUAUGCAAGGCGUAUGGCAAAUUGUUUGGCUGCAGAUGGCAUUGUAAUCAAUAUGGUUGUUGGGGGUGAGGUAGUAACUCUCAAAAGUAUUGAAGAAAGCAGCAAUCUAGUCAUAGCGGAGAUGCCCAUAAAUAUUUCUGAGAUUUUAUGAUGAAUAUGAUCUCCUAUGCCAGACGCCGAGUUUAGAUUCUCAGAUCCCUUGUCCCCUCGAUGCUGGUGUUUUACUAGUCGCUGGUAUUAAACUUGUUCUGAUUUGAGUUUUGUAUAUUUCUUUCAUAGCUAGACAGAAAGACAAUAGUUGGCUAGAAGAGGCAGCCAUGAAAGACAGCAACUAUAUGUCUUUAGCUCUUGUGUAGUUCUGAGUCAUGUUCAAGUAGCUUUGCCGACUGCUACGACUGUGUACACAAGAUUUAUAGGGCAGUAAAGUAUAACAAUGUAAUCUUUGUUAUAUGUCAAAGUAAUUUAAAUGGGAUUAAUUUGAAAUUU